AGAGACUCUCUAUGGCGGUGUGCAUGUGUGCGUUUGUGUGUGUGUAUGAGGCUAUAUACCCAAUGGUGGAUGGAUGCACCAUAUACAACACUUACAUCCAUGUAUGUAUGAGUGUGUGUGUGUGUGUGUGUGUGUGUGUGUGUGUGUCUGAGCGUGCCUGUGUGCAGAGUAGUUUUUGGUACUUUUGCGCCGUUGGCUGCUUGGACUCGUGUCGAGUUCUUGAUGUCUCGUUAGUUGUUGAUGACACUUCAGUUUGGAAUGUUUAGAGUGCGGCUGACAACGCAACCCGAGCACGAGUCGACAACGAGAUUGAAAUCAAAAACUGAAGCUGAUCUGUGGCCAAAAUCCAAAUCAAGACUCUUAACGUAAUCGCUGUCGCGUUAUUGAAUUGCAUCGCUUCCGCGUCCCGUGAAUUGCAUUCCAAAUUAUUAUGAUAUCUGACAGCACAGUCAAAGCUCUUGCCAAGUGUUAGAUAGUGUUGCAGUGCAGCAGAGAGUGUUGUAGAAUACGAUCCUUUUGGAUUUGUGUUUGUUAUUGUUGUUCUUUUUUUUGCACGUGUGACACUUGUGAUUUGAACGGCCGCAAAGUGGCGGAGAAACGCAAAGGUACGCCGUCGCCAACGCCGCCGCCCGCGCAGCAGCGACGAAAAUCGGACAACGCGACGCCACCGGCAACACAUCCGAUAACCAUACCGGCGCCCAAAACAACGCCCACAACGGCCACGGACAUGACCACCACGCACAGCCAGCCGGCGUUGGAGCGCACGCCGUCCAAGCACAAGGAGCGCGAGCGGGAACGGGGUCGGGAACGAGAGCGUGAGCGGACGGAGACAACCAACAGCAGCGGCAAUAGCAGCGGCCUGGGCAGUGCCGGCAGCCUGCCUGCCUCGCCGCAGAGUGCGGCCACAGUUAGUCCUGGCACGCCCACAACGCCCAAGAGACCGCUGCGCACAUCGACGCCCUCGGUGGAGCAACGGGCAUCCAAAAUAAUAAGCACCGCCAGCACCACGGUGCCAACAACAACGCCAACGAGUGGUGCCAACUUGGCGGCCGCCGAGCAGCUGCGUAUCCCAACGGGCGCGGCGGCAUUCAGCGGCUUCCCCGGGCUGCACAGCAUGAGCAGUCUAAUGGUGCCCUCGUCGGCGGCAGUCGCGGCCGCUGCGGCUGCACCUUUCCUGCCCUGGUCGCCCAUAUUGCUGCCCCCUUGGAGCCAUGCGUUGCUGCCCGCUGCCUUUUAUCCGGCGGCUCUGCGCAACGCUUUGCCCGGCCUCUUUGAUGCCAAGGUGCCGUCCUCGCAGCGUUCCGGCUUUCAUAUAUCCGACAUACUCAAUUUGGAUGGCUCUGAGCUGAAGAGCGCUGCAGCGGCAGCGGCAGCGGCGGCUCAUCAUACCCACAGCCAUAGCACGGAACUGGGCGCGGAGUCCAGUAAUGGGCAUGGUCAUCCAGCGCCAGCGACACUGUCGCCGACGCCCAGCUCAGCACUGCCACCACCACCGCCGCCCAGCAGCGGGGAUGAGCAUGUAGCACCCGCGGCCCAUGGUGAUCAUCAAACCACGGAGCACAGUGCGCAAACGGCGCACCAUCAGCAGCAGCAACACAUCCACCUUCACCAGCACCAGCAGCAACAACAUCAUCAUCCCCAUCUGCACCAUCAGCCGCAUCAGCCCGUUGCCCCUCUGCACUUGCCCCAUCACCAGAGCGCUGGCGGCGCUCAACCGCCCAUGCCCCAUAUGGGCGCCCAUGCCCAUGCCGCUUCAGCGCAGGCCGCUGCCCAUCUGCUGGCCAGUCACAAUGCAGCGGCCGCUGCAGCGGUUGCCGCCGGCCAAUAUCUGCCAAAGAACUUUGCCGGCAACUUCGGCGACGAAAUGUCCUCAUACCAUCACAUGGCCCAAACAAUGCUCUCCCACUCGGGUCGCAGUGCUUGGAUCAAGGAGAACGAAAUUUAUGGCACUCAGCAGCCGGCCAGCCCGGACAGCACCUCGCCCGUCACGUCGGAGGUCUCCUACACGUACAUAGGCUCCAAUUGCCAAACGUCGCCGGCUCUCUCCGGCGACUACAAAAGCUACAGCCGUUCGGCGGACAGCGAUGCGCUCUCCGUAGGCGAUGCGCUGCACACGUUGCAUGCUGGCGGUACAGCCGGUGGCAGCUCAGCGGCGCAUGCGUUGCAUAACAACAACAAUAAUAACAACAAUAAUAAUAAUACCAAUAACAACAACAAUAGCCUGAAGCAUGACGCAGGCGCCGGCAGCGGCAGCGCCCAUGACGACAGCCUGAACGAGGAUGGCAUCGAAGAGGACAUCGACGAUGUGGACGAUGCGGAUGGCAGCGGCGGCGGCGGCGUCAACGCCGACGGCAUGCCCAACAAGAAGCGCAAACGGCGCGUUCUCUUCACCAAGGCGCAGACGUACGAGCUGGAGAGGCGUUUCCGGCAGCAACGGUAUCUAAGCGCGCCGGAGCGCGAACACCUGGCUAGUUUGAUAAGGCUGACUCCGACGCAGGUGAAGAUCUGGUUCCAGAAUCAUCGCUACAAGACCAAGCGAGCACAGAACGAGAAGGGCUAUGAGCAUCCGGGCCUACUGCAUGGCCAUGCCACACAUCCACAUCAUCCGUCUGCGCUGCCGUCGCCACGGCGCGUUGCCGUGCCCGUGCUGGUGCGCAAUGGCAAGCCGUGUCUGGGCGAUGGCUCCAAGCUGACACAGGAUUGUGUGAGCACUGCCACCGCGAUGCAGAAUGCCGCCGCACAUCAUCUGGUGGCGCUGAACGGUGCUGCCGCCUAUCAGCAUGCGGCGGCUGCCGCAGCGGCUGGUCUCCACGCCCAUGCCCAUGCCCACGCCCAUCCGCAUGCGCAGCGCGCCGCCUGGUGGCCCUAAUAUUGCUAGCUGCCUAGAUUCGAGUUGGCAGAGCCGGCUGGGAGCGGCCAGAUGACUGGUAACUCGAAUACUGGACAAUAAACUCGCUGUCAAAGUCGCAGCUGUGUGACUCUGCCACAAAUUGUGGCACAUUUCGGUUGGGAAUUCGAACAAACAAACAAAAUUGGUGCAAUAAUAUAUAACAAUGGGUCGACAACAAGCAAUUGACGCACUCUCCUCUACUCCAACUCCCCGUCUCCCCUCUCAAAAAAAUAAAAUUUAAAAAAAGCAAGCAAAAAAAAGCGGAAGGCGUCAGCUGCCACAAGCUUGUGGCAAGGCCAAGCCGGGAGCAGAAAGUGCUCUACUUGAAGAAUUCUUCGCCAAGCAAAAGUUGUUGUUGCAUGUUGCAUGUGCAAUAAUGUCAACAACAUAUAUCAUUCGUGUAAUAAAUCGCUAUAAAUACAAAAAAUUUUUUUUUCCUGCAGCUCUAAAGCUGCAGGCCAUUUAGCAAUAAGUUUUUUUUUUACCUUUUUUUUUUUUAACAAAAGUCGUUAAUACCUAUAAAAUACUAGAUAUAUAGACAAGUUUUUUUUUCGCCUAGACCUAAAUAAAUUAAAUCUUAUUUUUAUUCAAAUAUAAAAUAUACAAAAAUUUAUAAAUUCGUUUUGUACAUACUGAAAAGAGGGAAAUAAAUUCAUGAAAAUGACAUUAUAUAUAUAUAUAUAUAUAUAUUUCAAAUAUCAAUGCAGAUAAUACAACAAAUAAUCGUGUACAUAUUUUUUAAACAAUAAAAAACUAGUGUCCAAUUUGUAGGCAUAAUAACAUUUGUUUAUACACAAUAAAUACAUAUAUACAUA